AUUUAUAGGCCAGACAUCCACAGCAAACGAAUCCCAGUAGAAUGGUCCGUACUAAAGAGCUCAGUGACUUUCAACGUGGCACCGUCAUAGGAUGCUACCUUUCCAACAAGUCAGUUCGUCAAAUUUCUGCCAUGCUAGAGCUGCCCCGGUCAACUGUAAGUGCUGUUAUUGUGAAGUGGAAACGUCUAGGAGCAACAACAGCGCAGCCGCGAAGUGGUAGACCCCACAAGCUCACAGAACGGGACCGCCGAGUGCUGAAGCGUGUAGCACGUACAAAUCGUCCGUCCUCUGUUGCAACACUCACAACUGAGUUCCAAACAGCCUCUGGAAGCAAGGUCAGCACAAGAACUGUUCGUCGGGAGCUUCGUGAAAUGGGUUUCCAUGGCCGAGCAGCCGCACACAUGCCUAAGAUCACCAAGUCAGGCCUUCAAGCAGUCACUGUUGCUGACGAUAUUAAGGAAAAAGUAAAACUUGACUUACCUAAAGUCAAAGGUCAACUGCUCAUUUUCGGAGCCACCAACUGGGAUCUCAUCGGAAGGAAAGAGGUGCCAAAAGCACAAGUGGCCUUCAGGAACCUAGGCCAGAACUUGUGGGGUCCUCACCGCUACAGCAGCCUUAGUGACGUGCAGGUCAGUAGUGUGGUGUCUGGGCCCUGUGCUGCCCACAGCCUCCUAAUCACCACCGAGGGCAAGCUCUGGAGCUGGGGUCGAAAUGAAAAGGGUCAGCUGGGUCACGGGGACACCAAACGCCUGGAGGCCCCAAAGCUGAUUGAGCCCCUCGCAGACGAAGUGGUGGUGGCUGCAGCCUGUGGACGCAACCACACCCUGGCAUUGACAGAGGGUGGCACCGCCUACUCGUUUGGAGAGAACAAACUGGGCCAGCUGGGCCAGGGCAACCAAACAGAUGCAGUCCUCAGUCCAGCCCUGAUCCAGUACAAUGGGCAGCCCUUGGUCAAGGUGGCGUGUGGGGCAGAGUUCAGCAUGGUGGUGGACUGCAAAGGAAACCUCUACUCGUUCGGGUGCCCAGAGUAUGGCCAGCUAGGACACAACUCUGACGGCAAGUUCAUUGCCCGCGCCCAGCGCAUCGAGUUUGACUGUGAGACCAUUGCACGCCGCGUGGCCAUCUUCAUCGAGAAGAGUAAGGACGGCCAGGUGACGCCUGUACCUAACGUGGUGGUCCGAGACGUUGCCUGCGGAGGCAAUCACACGCUGAUAUUGGACUCCCAGAAGCGGGUGUUUUCCUGGGGCUUUGGUGGUUAUGGACGGCUGGGUCACACGGAGCAGAAGGACGAGAUGGUGCCCAGACUGGUGAAGCUCUUUGACUUCCCCGGGCGCGGGGCAUCCCAAAUCUACACUGGCUAUCAGUGCUCCUUCGCUGUAAAUGAGAUGGGAGGGCUGUUUUUCUGGGGGGUCACCAAUACCUCGCGGGAGUCUACCAUGUACCCCAAGGCCGUGCAGGACCUGUGUGGCUGGAAGGUCCGCAGUCUGGCGUGCGGGAAAAGCAGUAUAGUUAUCGCUGCAGACGACAGCACCAUCAGCUGGGGACCCUCCCCCACCUUUGGAGAACUGGGAUACGGCGACAACAAGGCCAAGUCCUCCACUACUGCUCAGGAGGUGAAGACCCUGGAUGGAGUUUACACUGAACAGGUGGUGAUGGGAUACGCACACUGCCUGGUCAUCGCCAGACAGGAUACUCCACAGGAACAAGAGACGCUCAAGAAGCUGCCAGAGUACAACCCAGGCCCCCUCUGAUGGGGCACCAUCCAGCCACCUUACCAUUUGUCAACAGAUUCUCUCCAGAAUGCACCUCCCCUUUAAGUCACCUUUGUAAGGCUUGAUGGAUGGCUGGGGAGGGUGGGCUCUCAUGAAUAUGUUUGCAUACACUUCAAAAAAACAAGUCAGUUCUUAGUGUUUGUUCCCAAAGACCAAUUACAUUUUAUUUGACUUUGUUCAUGAAGUCCAUGGCAGUAUUACUCUGCAUGCAUUGUCAGAACACAAUCGGGAUCUGAGACAUUGUGCCAUCAAGUUGACGCUCUCCGGCCAUUGACUUCUGUUACAUUCCUUGGUUAAUCUCUUCACUUGUAUGAUUAACUAUUGGUGUUGAUGCGCAACUGUCCAUAAGGCCAGUAACUACUUGACAUUCCGGCCUUUUUUUACCUCAGUGACUCAUUUUAGCCUGGGAAUCCAGGUGUGGGCACUGCAAUCUUGGCAAUGAAAACCAGCAUGAAUGUGGUUUUGCAAGUAGUUGAGUUGUGCGACUCUUUGUGUGCAAAUGGUUAACAGGGUGUGGUUAUCCUAGUUUUAAAUCAAGACUGGUUGUUUUUCUUAAUUUGUUUUGGUGUCUGGGUCAGAAGGCCCGCAUGUUUUUUACAUUUCAAACGUGGAAAUGGUAAAGGUUAAUUAAAUUGGUUGAUUUUGUUCAGUCUGUUCUGACAUUGCCUGCCCCCAGUCAUCACUGCAUGUAGCAGUUAGUAUGCGGCCAUCUGCUGACCAAUCAUUCACCAUAUUUUGGAUGAGCUAGGAGUAGAUGACUGGGAUCGUACAGAUGGGCAAGUUUCUUGUACAUACCGAUUAUGUGCACUCCAUGGGUUGAUUUUGGGCCACACUUCUAGCACCAAUCUGAUUUAACUAAUUCUGACAAGCAAAUUUACCAAUGAGCAUAUCACACCUUACACAGGUUCUGAGCUGCCAAAUACUUGAGAUUCACGAUUUACAGAUGGUUAUGCUGGAUUAACAUUGUGGAAGGUUGAUUUGUCUGCAUUUUGGGAGUUAUGGCUAGCUGAAUCUAGUGCCUUCAGAAAGUAUUCAUACCUGUUCAGUUGUUUCAGCCUGAAUGUAAAAUGUAUUACAUUGUUUUUUUUAUACUUGUAUACAAACACCCCAUAAUGUCAGUAGAAUUGUUUACAUUUGUACAAAUUAAAUGAAUAGCUGAAA